CUGUGACAUUACACAAACACUCGCGCUUGCUCACUAGCACUACUCCUAUAGCGCCAGCUGCCUAGAUCUGUUCGUCCUUGUGAAGGUUUUAACACUGUACAGCUGAGGAGAAUACUGAUAGGAAACUCAAAGUUGAAAAAAUAGAAGAGAAGCAGAAGGUAAAAGAACAGUAUAUUCUUUUUUUUCUCUUUAAAGUUCAUCAAGACAUUUUUCCACCACUCUUUUUUGGGACUCUCUGCCCCUGACAACCCAUUGGGGAGACAGAGUACAAGGGGCCAGGUUUGCAUGACACGAGCCCUGAGGUGAAUGAGGUUGUCAUGGUAACUGACACUGGAGGGCUGACCCCAGCUCCGCGGACACUGAAAGGAGAGGGAGGCGUCGUGGCAAGCCAGCGAAAGUAACAGGCAGCCGCCGGAGCCAGGGAGGAGGAAGGCAGGAGAUCAGAGGGCUAGAAUGGAGGACGGCUUCUCCAGCUACAGCUCUCUCUACGACACCUCAUCGCUGCUGCACUUUUGUAAUGAUGACAGCGCCUCGGCGGCAAGUAGCAUGGAGGUGACAGACCGUAUCGCGUCUCUGGAGCAGCGCGUGCAGAUGCAGGAGGAUGAAAUCCAGCUGCUCAAAUCAGCGCUGGCUGACGUGGUGAGGAGACUCAAUAUCUCUGAAGAGCAGCAGGCCAUGCUCAGCAGAAAGGGACCAACCAAAGCUAGGCCAAUGAUCGCAGCCCUGCCGCUGAGGCCCACGGUCAACAACGGCAAUGUCCUACCAAAAAAAAGCAGCAUGCUGCCAUCACCCUCGGCUUCCAAGAGGGACAGCAACACACCAGCAACCAAGAGUUUCUCCAGUCUGUCCAGCUCGUCCAAGCUUCUACUUAGACCACUGUACAGCACUGUGAGAAGAACAAGUUCAUCAGAGCAGGUGGGACCUGCUAGCAGGAAAGAGGGUGGAGUCGAUGCCAAGAGCAACCGCACACGCACAGGCUCCAUUGGGAGCAACUCAAGUGGCAAGAGAGCCAGUGAAAGCAAACAGAGGGAGCCUGUGUUCAGUGCUGGUAUGCGGCGGGUGACAUACUGCAAAGAUGAAGGAUAUGUCAAAAUGUAUUUGAAAGGACGACCCAUCACCAUGUACAUGCCUAAAGACUUUGUGGACACAUACUGCCUAGAUGCAAAAGCUGACCUUCCUUCUAAGAAGCUGAAGUUAGACUGGGUCUAUGGCUACCGUGGACGGGACUGUCGAUGCAAUCUUUACCUGCUCCCCACGGGAGAAACGGUUUAUUUCAUCGCCUCUGUGGUUGUGUUAUACAACGUGGAUGAGCAGCUGCAAAGACACUACACUGGACACACUGAUGACAUCAAGUGCCUUGCUGUCCAUCCUGAUAAAAUCACCAUAGCAACAGGACAAGUGGCUGGCACCUCUUCAGAUGGCAAACUAGCUCCUCAUGUGCGUGUCUGGGACUCUGUGAGUCUAAACACACUGCAUAUACUUGGCAGUGGCUUCUUUGAUAGGGCCCUAGUGUGCCUCUCCUUCUCAAAGUCGAAUGGUGGCAGCUGGCUGUGCACAGUGGACGACUCCAACGACCAUGUCUUGUCAGUAUGGGACUGGCAAAGGGAAGACAGACUUGCCGAAGUUAAGUGCUCCAACGAGUCUAUUUUCGCCGCAGACUUUCAUCCCACAGAUGCUAAUGUAAUUGUAACAUGUGGCAAGUCUCACCUUUACUUCUGGUCACUUGACAAAGGCUCCCUUGUGAAGAAACAGGGCUUGUUUGAGAAACAGGAGAAGCCCAAGUUUGUCCUGUGUGUGACUUUUUCAGAAAACGGUGACACCAUUACUGGUGACUCCAAUGGAAAUAUACUUGUAUGGGCCAAAGGCUCUAAUCGCAUUAGCCUGGUCAUUCAGGCUGCACAUGAAAGCAGCAUCUUUACACUGUGCAUGCUGCGAAAUGGCACUCUGGUUUCGGGUGGGAAGGACCGCAUGCUCACCUCCUGGGAUGGAAACUUCCAGAAGAUUCAAACAGUGGAGGUCCCUGAAGUAUAUGGGCCUAUUCGAACGGUUGCUGAGGGGAAGGGAGACACAGUUCUUCUUGGAACAACCAAGAACUAUGUCCUGCAGGGCAGCCUGUAUGGGGCAUUUACUCCCAUCACCCAGGGUCACACAGAUGAGUUGUGGGGUUUGGCCAUGCACCCUCUGAAACACCAUUUUCUUACCUGUGGCCAUGAUAAACUGAUUUGCCUAUGGGACUCUGACUCGCAUCAGCCUGUUUGGACCAAGACGAUAGAGGAUGCAGCUCAAUCUGCUGGGUUCCACCCUACAGGGGUGACGGUUGCUAUAGGAACGCAGACUGGCAGGUGGCUUGUUCUGGAUACUGAAACUAAGGAUCUAGUCACAGUGCAUACAGAUGGGAAUGAACAACUCUCGGUUAUGCGUUAUGCUCCAGAUGGGAAUUUUCUUGCAAUUGGGUCACAUGACAAUUACAUCUACAUCUAUGCUGUAGCUGAGAAUGGCAAGAAGUAUAAUAGAGUGGGAAAGUGUUCGGGCCAUUCCAGCUUCAUUACUCAUUUAGACUGGUCUGUAGACUCCCAGUACCUGGUGUCCAACUCUGGAGACUAUGAAAUCCUUUACUGGAUCCCCUCCGUUUGUAAACAAGUCGUGAGCGUGGAAGCCACACGAGAUAUCCUGUGGGCCACCUUUACCUGCACUCUGGGCUUCCAUGUGUUUGGGCUAUGGCCAGAUGGCUCAGAUGGGACGGACAUCAACGCUGUCUGCAGAUCCAAUGAGAAGAUACUGCUCGUCACUGGAGACGAUUUUGGAAAAGUUCACCUCUUCUCAUUCCCCUGCUCUCAAUCCCGAGCCCCUAGUCAUGUCUAUGGGGGACACAGCAGUCAUGUCACCAACGUCAACUUCCUAUUUGAUGACAGCCACUUGGUGUCCACCGGGGGAAAGGACAUGAGUGUAAUGCAGUGGCGGGUGGUAUAGAUGACUACUGACAGAGAAAUUAAUCCAGAACUGAAGCGGGACUAAUCCAGAUUCUCUUUUAUUGGGAUCAAGGAGGAGUGAUCAAAUGCAUACUGUAUGUGAUGAGGCCAUGCAGGCAGUUUUAAUUUUAAUUAAUUUUAUUGGCUGUUCAUACUCAGGACCCCAGCUGCCUGAUUUACAACCCAAUAGGGAGUGAGGUGAACUCAAAUUCAGUAAAACAUAAAACAUCAUAUUCUCUAUAAGAGCAGCUGUACAAUGUGAUGCCAAAGCAUGUGAAUUUAUUUCAACUUGUGACAAAGAAAUGGAAAGGGGUUAUAAUUAACAAUGGUUUAUGACCCCACCAUCUGGCCUCAUUAGGUAUUGCAAGCGCUCCUUUGUUAAGUUUCCUGAUUAACAUUUAUAUGAAAUGCCUCGAGCAAAUUUGGUAUAGAUUUUUAGCCUUCUUUUUGAAGAUAAUCUGUAUCAACAUUUUUACAAUUAAAGGUGAAACAGCAUGAUUUCACCAAAAUAUAGCACCUGCACUGUGUGAUCAAACUGAUCACCUCUGUUAGCACUACCAAUUUCUCUUAUGACCUGGAAAAGGCUUCUUAAAUGAUGACAGCUCUACAGCCACCAAUUCCUAGUGCAGGUACAAUGAAGCCUAUGUCUCUCUUAUGAAUCAUAAUGGACUGUAAGUUUAUCUAACUGAUAAGCAAUUAAUGGCUCAUUUCUAAACCUCUCCAAGUGAAAAUCAUUGCCAAAUGGGCAUAAAUGGAUAUUCAGGCUAAAUGUAACAAUAUCGAUACAUAACUUGUUUUAACAGUGCCAGAAAGUCUAAUUAUGUAAUUAUUUUACACCACUCUGUAUCCAUGUGUCUCUCCAUAGCAUAAUGAUUCUAUUCAAGCUUGAGUCCAUUUGCAUUAAAAGACAAUGCAUCUUAAACUUAUCAGGGUUUUAAAUGACUGUAGUUGGUAUAUUAAAACUGUCUAUGCAUGCAGAA